AUGUUGGGUGACACAGCUGUAGCUAUUCAUCCAGAAGAUGAACGUUAUAAACAUCUCCAUGGCAAGUUUGUUAAACAUCCUUUUGUGGACAGACGCCUACCUAUUAUCUGUGAUGACUUUGUCGAUAUGGACUUUGGAACUGGUGCUGUGAAAAUUACUCCAGCUCAUGAUCAUAAUGAUCAUGAUGUUGGCAGGCGACAUGAUUUGUCAUUUAUUACUAUCAUUGAUGACAAAGGGAACUUGACAGAAAAUUGUGGAGAAUUUUCUGGAAUGAAACGAUUUGAUGCCAGGAAGACUGUGCUUCAAGCAUUAAAAGACAAAGGUCUUUAUGUGGAUACAAAGGAUAACCCAAUGGUUGUACCAAUGUGCAGUCGUUCAAAAGAUGUCAUAGAACCACUCCUCAAGCCCCAAUGGUAUGUAGACAUGAAGGAUAUGUCAGCGAAAGCUAUUGAGGAUGUCAGAGAAGGAAGAUUGCUCAUUAUUCCUGAGAUGCACAAAAAAACUUGGUACCGAUGGUUAGAAGAUGCUCGAGACUGGUGUAUUUCACGUCAGUUGUGGUGGGGUCAUCAAAUUCCAGCCUAUUUUAUUAAAAUUGAUGAUCCAAAUAUACCAGAGGGAUUGGAUACAGAUGACUAUUACUGGGUCAGUGGUCGGACUGAGGAGGAGGCGAAACAGAAAGCUAGUGAGCGGUUUAAUGUUUCUCUUGACAAGAUUACCUUAAAACAAGAUGAAGAUGUCUUGGAUACUUGGUUUUCAUCAAGCCUUUUCCCUUUCUCCAUAUUUGGUUGGCCUGAUCAAACUCCUGAUUUGGAAGCUUACUAUCCUGGUACCUUGUUAGAGACUGGGCAUGACAUCUUGUUCUUUUGGGUUGCUAGAAUGGUGGUCAUGGGAAGCACAUUGAUUGGAAAGUUGCCAUUCAAAGAGGUCUACCUUCAUGCAAUGGUACGAGAUGCUCAUGGCAGAAAAAUGAGCAAGUCUCUUGGAAAUGUUGUUGAUCCUUUGGAUGUAAUUUAUGGUAUUUCUCUUGAGGGAUUGCAUCAACGAUUGCUAGAAAGUAACUUAGAUGAAAAAGAAAUUGUUAAAGCUAGAAAUGGACAGAAAGCAGAUUAUCCCCAUGGUAUUCCUGAAUGUGGAACAGAUGCUCUUCGGUUUGCUCUGGUUGCAUAUACCUCACAAGGUCGUGACAUCAACUUGGAUGUACUGAGAGUACAAGGAUAUCGUUUUUUCUGUAACAAACUGUGGAAUGUCACAAAAUUUGCAUUGUCUGGAUUGGGUGAAGAUUUCACUUACAAUCCUACACAAAAAUUAAGUGGUAAAGAAAGUCUUAUGGACAGGUGGAUCCUAAGCCGUCUGUCUGAGGCUGUGGUUAAAGCUGCAAAUGGAUUUGAAAAAUAUGAUUUUCAGUCAGCUACCACUUCAAUUUACAAUUUUUGGCUUUAUGAUUUAUGUGACUGGUAUGUGGAAAGUUUAAAACCUGUGUUGUAUGGAUCUGAUGAAGAAAUCAAAUCUGUCGCCCAAAAUAUCUUGUACACUUGCCUGGAUGCUGGCUUACGACUGCUACAUCCUUUCAUGCCAUUUGUAACUGAGGAGUUGUACCAAAGGUUGUCAUGCAAGAGCAGGGAUGCUCCAAGCAUAUGUGUAUCUCCUUACCCACUGAUAGAGGAGUUUCAAUACCAAAAUCUUGAUCUUGAGGCUGAUGUGUCUUUCAUGCAAAAUGUUGUGAAGAGUAUCCGAUCUAUUAGAGCUGACUACAAUCUCACCAAAACUAAAGCUGAUGUUUUCUUGAAAUGUACUGAUGAGGAAACAGCUAAUACCCUGCAUCCUUAUGUGGACCUAAUUGCCCAUCUUUCAUCUUCAAAAGCAAUCAAUAUUCUUAUAAACCAAGAUCCUCCUAUUGGUUGUGCAAUGUUGACUCUAUCAGCUAAAUGUGAAACUCAUUUGAUGCUCAAGGGUCUUAUUGAUGUCAAUAAAGAGAUUUCCAAGUUAGAAGGAAAGAAAGAAAAACUGAAUGUGCAGUUGACAAAACUUCAAGAGAGUAUGGCUAAAUCUGAUUAUGAAAUUAAAGUCCCUGAAGAUGUGCAGAAACAAAAUGCUGAAAAGGUAUCUGAAAUGGCAACUGAAAUUGAAAAGUUAACAAAAGCGCGGAGUCCACGGCUGUCUUCGUCUACGCCACCGUGCACCCAAGCAGCUCUCUCUCUGUCUACCCUGUCUAUUUCUAUAGGAGGCAGUUGGCGGCAAAAUGGCCGAUUGUUGCUAACCAAUCCUUCAAUUCUUUCGGGUUCCCCAGAAAAGUCGCGACCCUGGCCCCACCAGCAAUUCCCUCAUGCUACUAACGAAUUGUUGCCUGCCCUCUCAUUCUCGAUAUGUAACACUUCCGACCUCUUUGACCUGUGGUCAUUCAUGUCAAAAAAUCAAUUCAAAUCGAGCAAAAUCGGAAAACAAUCGAAAAAAUAG